AUACCAGUGGCGCCACCGGUGGAAAAACGCCCAAGUUCUUGCGAUUCGUUUAUUGACUUUGAAAUCGUAAAUUGAAACUUGUUUGUAUUAAAAAAGUGAUACCAUAUAUAUUUUUGUAUCGUGAAUGUCAUCAUCUCAUAUAACCAUCAUUUUCACUUCAAUAAAUGUUCACGUUUAUUUUAUAUUAAAAUAAUAACAAUGGAUACGAACAUAUAACCUUAAAUUAUUAUGCAUAUUUUGUUUUGAGUCUGUACAAAAUUACAACACAAUUCAAUUUUAUUUACAUAGGUCAUCAUGGAAGUGCUGAAGGAAUGUUCAGCAUACUUAAGCAAUUACGAAGUUCUGGAUAUUUUGCAAAAUAUGAAAGCAAAUAAGAAGCAAAAAAUGAAGCAAAAUCACUUAGCAACUAUAACUUAUCAGACUAUAAGAUAUUUAGAAGAGACUCCUUGUAAAAGACAAUCACCUGAAAAAAUUAAAUACUUUUUGAAUGCAAUGCAACCUUUCAAAUUAACAAAAUGCGAAAAAUUAACUCUUCUAAAUGUGUGCCCUAGAACACCUCUUGAAAUACAACUGAUCGUGGAAGAUAGCGAAGAUCGUUUGAACGACGAAGAGGUAGAGUCUUUACUUCAAGUGAUAUCAAAUUUCUUAGGCGACGACGAGCAAGAUGACAAAGACGGGUAAUAUGUUUUUACUUCCUUAGCUUCAUAAAUCUUUUAAAAAUAUUUUGUGUUAUGUACAUUUUAUUCAUAAUAAACAUGGAAAUAGUAUAAUAUUAAAUACAA